AUGGAAGCCUAUCAGCUCACCACAAAGCUCACCACAGAGCUCACCACAGAGCUCACCAACACACACACCCUGGAGGAAGAAACAACACACCCUGACAGACCUCCAUCAGUCAGCUCCAUCACCCUCAACCCCCAGGCUUUCUCCCUCUACACCCAACCCAGACCUCCAUCAGUCAGCUCCAUCACCCUCAACCCCCAGGCUUUCUCCCUCUACACCCAACCCAGACCUCCAUCAGUCAGCUCCAUCACCCUCAACCCUCAGGCUUUCUCCCUCUACACCCAACCCAGACCUCCAUCAGUCAGCUCCAUCACCCUCAACCCCCAGGCUUUCUCCCUCUACACCCAACCCAGACCUCCAUCAGUCAGCUCCAUCACCAUCAACCCCCAGGCUUUCUCCCUCUACACCCAACCCAGACCUCCAUCAGUCAGCUCCAUCACCCUCAACCCCCAGGCUUUCUCCCUCUACACCCAACCCAGACCUCCAUCAGUCAGCUCCAUCACCCUCAACCCCCAGGCUUUCUCCCUCUACACUCAACCCAGACCUCCAUCAGUCAGCUCCAGACUCCUCAAUCCCCAGACUUUCUCCCUCUACACCCAACCCAGACCUCCAUCAGUCAGCUCCAUCACCCUCAACCCCCAGGCUUUCUCCCUCUACACCCAACCCAAACCUCCAUCAGUCAGCUCCAUCACCCUCAACCCCCAGGCUUUCUCCCUCUACACCCAACCCAGACCUCCAUCAGUCAGCUCCAGACCCCUCAACCCCAGGCUUUCUCCCUCUACACCCAACCUAGACCUCCAUCAGUCAGCUCCAUCACCCUCAACCCCCAGGCUUUCUCCCUCUACACCCAACCCAGACCUCCAUUAG